AUGACGGCUCUGAGGGUGGCUGGAUCCCUUGCCGGUCAGCUGAUCCCUUCAGAAAAUUCUUCUCCAGAUAUUCCCUGGACAGCAGAAAUCCUCAUCAAAACACUCAUCAGUUUUUGGAAAGAGCAGCAGUGCUGUGAAAAUAGCCUGAGGUAUGCCUGCAGUGCCCGCGUUUCAGAUGGUCUAGACAGCGGAAAUCCCAUGAGUGUUUACAGAAACGGAGAAGCCAACCGAAUAAUUAAGAGCUUUGUGGAGCUCCUGCGAUCCCACUGGUCGGAGCAGAGUUAUUCCCUCCAGGUGCAUGCCUGUAUAAAAACCUCUGGAGCAUGCAUCUGCCCACGGGAAGCCUCCAGCGCCCUCCGCCACAGCAGAUCUUUGGCCAUGAUCACUGCGCAGCAGCCACCCUUCCGCAACGAAAUUCAAAGAGUAAUGGACUGCCAAGCUGAGAAAGAAGAAACCUGUGAAGAGCACUACGGCUCUGAAACCUGCACGUGCAGCUCCAAGUGUGCAUCUUCAACGGCAGAAUCCAACUCAGAUUCACCAGUAACUCUUACAAUACUGCAGAACUGGGUUCCUAGAGUCUCCCACUACUUUGAUAAGGAGCACUACACAUACGUUGGCCAUCAGAUCGUCAUCCAGGAGUCCAUAGAACACUUCGGAGCCGUGGUGUGGCCGGGGGCACUGGCUUUAUCUCAGUAUCUGGAAUCAAAUCAAGAACAAUUCAACCUCAAAGACAAAAAAGUUCUGGAAAUUGGUGCUGGAACAGGCUUGGUUUCCAUUGUGGCCUGUAUCUUAGGAGCUUACGUUACAGCUACUGAUCUGCCUGAAGUUCUUGAAAAUCUCUCGUAUAAUAUUUCAAGAAAUACACAGAACAUGAAUAUACACAAACCUGAAGUGAGAAAACUGGUGUGGGGAGAAGGCCUCAAUGAAGACUUCCCUAUAUCAACUUACCAUUAUGAUUUCAUACUGGCAACUGAUGUUGUGUACUACCAUGCAGCUCUGGACCCCCUGCUAGCAACAAUGGUGUAUUUUUGUAAGCCAGGAACAGUAUUACUAUGGGCAAAUAAAUUCAGAUUCAGCACAGACUAUGAAUUUUUGGAAAAAAUUUGCAAUAUAUUUAACACAACCAUUCUAGCAGAAUUUCCAGAAUCAAAUGUCAAGCUGCUUAAAGCCACAGUAAGAGCGAAUUAAAAUAGAAAACUAUUACUAAUUU